UUUAAUUCAUCUCUUCGCUCAAGCCUCUAGUUCUUUUUAAUGUCUGUAGAAAAAACUGUCACAGUUUUGGAUUUUCGUUCUUGUACUUUUUUGUUAUUACAAUAAAACGUUAAAAUCUACUCUACAUUUUUUUUCAUUUGAUAAGCAUUUUAAAAAACAAUGUCAAAACGAUCAGUUCGGUUGCCUCCUGAAGUGAGUAGAGUGCUUUACGUACGAAAUUUACCGUAUAAGAUAUCUUCUGAAGAGCUUUACGAUAUAUUUGGCAAAUACGGAGCUAUCCGACAAAUUCGCAAGGGCUGCAAUCCAGAAACACGUGGGACAGCCUUUGUAGUUUACGACGGAAUUUACGACGCGAAAAAUGCAGUGGAUCAUUUAUCUGGAUUUAACGUUGCUGGCCGAUAUCUCGUUGUUUUAUAUUAUAAUGCUGUUAAGCAGCAAAAAAAACUUGAUGCUCAAAAAGCUAAAGAGGAAAUAGAAUAUGCAAGGAAAAAACUAGGACUUGAUGAUGAUUAAUUGGCUUUUGUAUUAACAAUUAUCCUUAUUGAGUCAACAUAUCAUUGUUAACAUCCUUGCUCAUAUAAUGUUAAGGUUUCGAGUCUACUGCAUCCGCUUUUACGUGCUACUCUUGGGUAUCAAUUAAAAAUAUUAUACAAGAUAUGUUAAAGUCUUUUGUAACACAUUUUUAAUUGCUAGCAGCAUGUUAAAACUUUUUUUAUAUUUUUUUUUUUACAAAAAAAUCAAACAUUUCGUCAAAUUAAAGUACUGGUGUUUAUUCUAUUUUUUAAUUUAAAAAAAAAAAUUCUAAUGAAAAAUUUAGUCAGUAAUAAAAACUUACAUUUUUUUUAACGAAAAAAAAAAAGUUUUGGAAAAAACUAAUACACGACUUUCUAUAAAACCUUUGUGUCUCUA